GGUUUCCUCAAUUAAACGGCUUCAUGCAUUCUCUUCACGUUUCAAGCGUCCAAAUCGACGUGUCGCCAGACUGAACGGUCUCUUGUCAGUUUGAAGGGUACCGAGAACACCACAACAUGGCUAACCAGCACGAUGGGAAGCUGCCGGAUGAGGAAGAAACAGGCGCGACUGGGACGGAUGCGGCACGUGAGAACACCAACCACUACCAGCAAAGCACCCCGGCCGUAGACGAUGCGAAAGAGGAGGAAAAGAAGAAGAAAGAGCCUGGGAAAUUCAAAAAGAAAUGGGACAAGCUGGGACUCGAUGCCGGGACGCUCAUAAUGAUGGCCAAAGCUGCGCUCCCACCGACGAUAGCGCUUGCCAUGUACGAGGCCGACAUGGUGGCGCGGGAGUUCACGACCCUGGGAUAUCUCAUGGCCAUUGUCUCAAUUCUCGGCUUCUGCAUCAUGCCAAGAGCCAAGUUCAUCCAGACGAUGACUAUGAACAUCCUCAGCACCUGCGUUGGCGCAGCUGUUGCGUUGUUGAUGGUGUGGUCUGCUGUCAAGGCGCGCGAGCACACAACGGUGGCUGGCGCCCCGCCAGCAAGAUACAACGCCUCGCAGUCAUCGGUCCUUGGUGUGUGGCUGUUCUUCCAGAUCUAUAUUGUCAACACGCUCAAGGCGAAGUUCCCCCAACUGGCGUUUCCGACGAUCCUUUACUCGAUAUUUGUCAAUGUUGCAGCGACGUCUGGAUUUCUUUUUACGACACCCGCGCAGUGUGAAUCGUUCAUCAAGCGUCUGCUCGUGACUUUCCUUGCUGGGUUCGCUAUCGCUACCGCUGUAAGCCUUCUGAUCUUCCCAGUCACCUGCCGGACGGUCGUGGGGAAGGAGAUGACUGGGUAUCUUGCGCUACUGAAGGCAGCAAUUGGAGCGCACAGAAACUACAUCCAUACCCUGGAAGGUUCGGAUAUGUUUGGGCCGGUGCCGAUUUCCGGCGCCGAGAGUGGUGAUGAUGCAGACAAGGACGGCAAGCCAAAGGCCAGGCCCGAGGUUGUCGCAGUAGAGAAGACGAUCGGAGCUCUGCAGGAGUUGCACGGAAAGCUUACUGCCGAUCUUGCGUUCGCUAAGAGGGAGGUCGCGUAUGGCAAGCUCACGCCAGAUGAUCUGGAAGCCAUGUUCAAGCACUUGCGAGCGAUCAUGAUGCCCAUCCUCGGUCUUGGCUCCGUCAUGGAUUUGUUCAAACGGGCAAAGGAGAUCAACCACUGGAACGACGAGAACAUAUCUGAGCACGACGACAGCAUGCGCCAAAAGACCAUUGGCGAGUGGAACGAGCUGUUUUCGUACGUCCACGAACCCUUCGAUCACAUUAUGCAAGUGAUGGAUGAAGGCCUCACCCACAUUAUGCUCAGAAUGCAGUUCGUAAAAACCCCUAAGAAGAAGAAGGGCCAGAACCAGGACGACACAGAAGCGAAGGGCGACACGGUGAAGCCUGGCGACAAAAACUUCGCUGAGUACAUGGAGAAGCAGGCCAAUAUCUUCUACAGCACGAAGGAGCCCACGCUUCGUCACUGGAUUGAAAGCAAGGGCAUCAAACUCAGCGCCGACUACUUCUCACGUCCAGAUCAGAUUGAUGAGGAGACACUCAAACGCCUUCCCAGCAUUACUACACGAAAACGCGACCAAAGACAACUCUACAUCCUUCUCUACGUCAUCUUCCUUCUUAACUCGGUCAACCGCGCCAUCAUCGCGUUCGUCAAAUUCGCCGAUGAGCACGAUCAGGCAACAGCUAAGAACAAGGUCAUCAAUCCUGGUGGCAGACGUCUGAAAAAAUGGCUCAGUAGCAUCUUCGCGCCUCAAGACUCGAAUCACGAUGAUGAGACUACCAUUGCCGGCUUCGAUCGAAACAACACUACCAUCUUCAUGGGCGAGGCAUACAAGAGCAAAAAGGACCCCGAGCAUCUGCCUCCUAGGAAUGCCUGGGAGAAGUUCGGUGACGCGGUCCGCGCGUGUGCGGGCUUCUUUCGCUCCUCUGAGUCGGCCUUUGGGUUCCGUGCUGCGUGCGCGACUAUGUCGAUUGGCGUCAUUGCCUUCCUGCGCGACACGCAAGUCUUCUUCGUCGAGCAGCGCUUGGUGUGGGCCAUGAUUAUGGUCGCUAUCUCUAUGACACCAACCGCUGGUCAGGCAAUCUUCCAGUUUAUCCUCCGAAUCGCCGGCACUGCGGUCGCCAUGCUCGUGGCCUGGCUGUGUUGGUACAUCCCAAACGAACAAACAGGCGGCAUCAUCCCCCUCGUGUGGCUCUUCGUUGCUAUCGGCUUCUACAUCCCGCUCAAGCGCAUGGACCUCGUGAUUGUCGGCAUGAUCAGCGUCGUCACAGUCACCAUGAUUGUAGGCUACGAACUGCAAGUCCGCAAGAUCGGCGUCCAAGCCGCAACCACAACCGGCCAGCCCGCAUACCCCAUCUACCAACUUGGGCCCUACCGCCUCGCCACCGUCGUCGGCGGUCUAGCUGUCGCCUUCUUCUGGACCGUCUUCCCCUUCCCGAUCACCGAGCACUCGGCGCUGCGCCAGAAACUCGGCGGCGCGCUCUACCUCAGCGCAAACUUCUACUCCAUCAUGCACGAGCAGAUGCUCGCCCGCAUCCGCGGCGACACAGGCGACGAGGAAAACGACAAGACCUCACCCGGCUUCAUGCUCAACAAGGCCCGCAACAAGGUCUUCGCAAAGCAAAUGCUCACCCUGCAGGCCCUCAAAAUGCACUCCAGCUUCGUGAAGUUCGAGUUCCCGCUCGGCGGCCGCUUUCCCGCAGACGACUACGCCGCUAUCAUCGGCCUCGUGAACAACAUCGUGAACUACACCGCGCUGCUCGGCUACGCGUCGCAGGCCUUCACCCACCCGGUCCUCAACCCGUCCUCGGACCCCCCCUCGCCCUCCGCCGCGGCGCCCUCCCCCGACCCCCUGCAGGCCAGUCCGCAGUGGUUCACGGACUUCCGCCGCGUGACCGCGGACGCCAACGUGACGAGCCACGAGAUCACAACACUUCUCUCGCUGCUCUCCUCGGCGAUCCAGAACGGCCAGCCCUUGCCGCCGUACCUCAAGGCACCCCAGAACUACCACCUGUCGCGGCAGCUGCAGGCCGUCGACGCGGAUAUCCUGUCGCUGAGGCAUAUUGCGGAGCCCGGGUAUGCGGCGUUUGCGGUCAUGGCGAUUAGUACGCAGUGCAUUAGUAUGGAUAUCGAGAAACUGUUGAAGGCGGUGCGGAAACUCGUCGGCGAGCUGGAUUUCUCGUUCCAUGUGGUGAGUACGGGGAGUGGGAAUACGUCGGCGGAGACGCUGGUUAAGGGUGCGAGCCAGGGGAGUGGGGGCGCGAGGAGUAAGGUGGAGUAGGGGAGUGUGGCGAGGUACGCAGGAGGGUGCCGGAGCAGAGGAGUAGAGCAUGCAGGAUUCACGCAGCGCGCGGCUGCACAGUAGCAUAUUUAAUUUUGAGGUCCCAACACCCGUAUUGCUAUUGCACGUGCAUUCGCACUCACAGUGGAGUACGACAAGAUACACUACAGUCUACACCACACCACCACUCCACAAAACCCGCACAUUUCGAACAAUAAUCCACAUUCGCAAACUACGCACAAAACGACACGCAGAACACGCCACGAUCCCGC